CGCAAUUGGGUCUGAAGCAAAUAUUCCAAUCUUCGACACUUACUAUUUAUAAUUUUGACUCUCUCUCUCUCUCUAUCUCUUAUCCCAACCUUCCAUGUCUUCUCUCUCUUCUUCCUUCCCUCCUUUACCACGACAGAAUCGCCCGCCUCCACCUUCCCGAAAACCUAGAAAUUCCCUUCCUCAUCCUCUUCCUCUUCGCCGUUCUUCGAUCCCUUCCGCAGACUCACCGAUUGGCCGGAUAAACAAUUGGCUAGGGUUUCUGAUGCGAUUCUAUUGACUCCCCAACGGCAGCGGGCUUCUGUGUGAAGGAUUGAUGGAAGACAAUGCGGGGAUACCGGAGGACCUUCGUUGCAAGCGGUCGGAUGGGAAGCAGUGGCGCUGCAGUGCGCUGUCGAUGCCUGACAAGACCGUGUGUGAGAAGCAUUACAUCCAAGCGAAGCGCCGGGCGAUGAACUCUGCCAUGAGGGCAACCAUGAGGAAGGCCUCCAAGCGCAAGUCUCUGGACAAUUCCGACAUCUAUCAGGAAAGCCGGCGCCGGGAACGGGAGAUGUCUAGGUCGUCCGUUUCUCCUGUGAACCCUGCUGGAGAGUCGGUUUCGAUGCCUAGUUUAAAGAAGCACAAGGAGAGGCUUGCUAAGAGCCGUGGAGUUCGACGAGGUUCGCCGAGUCGUGAUGAUUUGCUGCAAAAAGAUGCAGUGCAGGCGGAUGGUAGUAGGGUUCAGGGGGUUUACUACAGUCGUCCUUCAAGCAAGGAGAUGAAGAAUUUUAGUGGGAAUGGUGUAGGGGAUUUUUCUGGGAAAAGUUCUGAUUCUUCGGGUGAUAUUGAAGGGAUCACUUGUCAUCACUGUCACCGGAAGUACAGGACGAACGUGGUAUGGUGCACAAGCUGUGAUAGGAAAGGAUAUUGUGAUGCCUGCAUCUUAAAAUGGUAUGCUGAGAUACCCAUGGAAGAUAUUCAAAAAGCAUGCCCAGCAUGUCGUGGUAUCUGUAAUUGCAGGGUCUGUUUGCGUGGAGAUAACCUAAUUAAGGCAAAGGUUGAAGGCAUAGCUGCAAUAGAUAGGUUGAGAUAUCUCCACAGCCUUUUGGCUUUCAUACUUCCAGUUCUUAAGCAGAUAUAUUCUGAGCAGUGUUUUGAGAUAUCAAUGGAAAAAAGAUUAUAUGGAAUAAAAGCUGAUAUUCCUAGAGAAAAAAUAAAUGCAGAUGAGCAGAUGCGUUGUGAUCUUUGCAAAGUUCCAAUUUUUGAUUAUCAUCGUCAUUGUAGUCAAUGUAUGUAUGAUCUUUGUCUCACGUGCUGCCGUGAUAUUCGAAAUUCGUCCCCAGUUAAUGACGAAGGAGAACCUACUUCUGAUAGAACUAGUAACGAAAAAUUAACGCCUCGAUCAGCUAAUGUGGAUGUUUUAGAUUUUACAAAUUUGUUUUCCAAGUGGAAGGUGAACAAUGAUGGAAGCAUUCCUUGUGGUCCUGAUGAUGCUGGUGGUUGUGGAUUUACAAAGCUAAUUUUAAGACGAAUUCUCAAAAUAAACUGGACUGGAAAGCUGUUAAAAAAUGCGGAGGAAAUGGUGAAUGGGUGUAUAGGAUCUGAUUUACAUGGCCCUGAUAGAUGUGCUUCUUGCUGUAGAGGAACUUAUUCCAGAUUGAAGGGAUCAAUUCAAACAUAUCUCUUGAAGUGUUCUUACAGAGAUGAUAACAGUGAUAAUUACUUGUAUUAUCCCACAUCAGAGGAUAUUAAGCUAGAAGGCAUCAAUCGUUUUCAUAAGUUUUGGGUCAAAGGUCAACCGGUUAUUGUAAAAAAUGUGCUCGAACGUUCAUUGGCAUCCGGUUGGGAGCCUAUAGAUAUCUGGAAGGGAGUUCGAGAAACUUUAGAUGAAGAGAGAAAUGAAAAUGAUGUCAUUGUGAAGGCUAUUGAUUAUCUAAGCCAGUCAGAGGUUGACAUUGAACUUUCUCAGUUCAUCAAAGGAUACUCGAAAGGACAGAGAGAUGAAAGUGGCUGGCCAAAAAUGUUGAAGCUGAAAGAUUGGCCCCCUCCAAGUGCCUUGGAAGAGUUUUUAUUAUGCCAUAGACCUGAAUUUCUUAGCAAUUUUCCAUUGGUUGAAUUUAUUCACUCCAAAUGGGGUCUUCUUAAUCUUGUCUCUAAGCUGCCACAUGAUACUCUACAGUCAGAAGCAGUGCCCAAAAUUCUCAUUACUUAUGGUACAUCUAAGGAGCUUGGCAGAGGAGAUCCUGUCACCAAACUUCAGAUUAACAUGAGCGACAUGGCUUGUCUUUUAAUGCACACUGCUGAGCCUGAUGCUGAAGGUUUUCAGAAGCCUAUGGGUAAGAGGCAUGAUAAAGCUUCGAUGAAUUCCGAUGGAUGCAUGGAUUUGGACGAAUUUACAGGAGAGGCAGAUCACCAAUCCUACUCUGAUACUGGAGCAACUUUCUUGGAAAAGAGAAGACCUGAAUCUGUCUUUUUAACCGGAAAUCCUGCAAAAAAUUAUGACAAACCUGGAACUGUUUGGGAUAUUUUCCGUCGGCAAGAUGUUCCAAAGUUGAAUGAAUUUUUCGAACUUCACUCGGACAAAUUCGCAAAUUCUGUUUCCCUUCCUGUCUAUGAACAAGCUCUCUACCUAAACAAUGAAGCCAAAAGAAAAUUGAAGGAUGAAUUCAAUAUAGAGCCUUGGACAUUCCAACAGUAUGUUGGGGAGGCUGUAUUUAUACCCGCAGGCUGUCCCUUUCAAGUUAGGAAUCUUCAGUCUUCGGUGCAGUUAGCCUUUGACUUUUUAUCCCCUGAGAGCUUGAGUGAGUCUGUUCGAAUGGCUCAAGAGAUCCGUUGCCUUCCACCCGACCAUGAAGCCAAGCUUAAAAUGCUGGAGGUGGAGAAAAUGUCUUUAUAUGCUGCCAGUUCUGCCGUCAGAGAAAUUCAUAAGAUCGCACUUGAUCCAAAGCUGAGUUCAGAAAUUAAAUUUGAGGACAAGAGGCUUACAGAGAUGGUUUCUGAAAAUUUGGAGAGGCUCUCAAAGAGGAGACAGAUUGCUUGUCCUUAAACCAUAUCACUAUAAUAUUCUUAUAUAAUGUAAGAUAGUGUGUAUAUUAUAGUGUUAUAGAACCAUUGAAUUUAAAUUAUUUGUUCAGAUUAUUGUCAAUAUUAAGCUAUGUAGGUUUGUAAUUUACACAUGCUGUGUUCAAAUUUAGGCAUUUUUUACACUGUUU